AUGCUCAUAACAGUAUCAUCCUCCAUCCAGCCUGCUCCCAUCCACCACCACCUUUCUCCCCCUCCCACCCUACCAAAGCCUGGGAAGGACAACCUGCGGCUCCAGCGGCUGCUGAAGAAGGCAGCCAAGAAGAACGCCAUCCUAGCUUCAGAGCAAGCCAAGCCCUUUCGGUCCUGCCUCUCGCCCGUGAACGAGGCCAGCUCUGACCUAGAGCACAAUGAAAGCACUCCCCCAGAAGAGCCCCCCAAAACCACAGCCCCCCCCUCCGCCAGCCUUCCAUCCCACCUCUCCAUCAAGCCCAUCACCCACCGCAUCCCCUCCCCUUUCCGAAAGAGCAAGCCUUUCACGCUGAAGGUCACCGAGCAGAGGCGCAUUGCCGAACACCUCAUACUCACAACCUCCCCGGCCAUGCCCCUGCUACACAAGCCAGGAGCUCCUGAGAUUCCACAGAAACCUGAAGGCAUGGACACCCACCUUCCCACUCCAUGUGACCCUUCAAUAGCUGUUUUCCCCCAGCCUCCUCCUUCCAGUACACCCAGUAAAGAGCGAGCACCAGAGGUUACCUACGUCAGCAAGGUGCACACGUAUUUCCACAGCGUCAAGCCACCCAGGGCUAAGACACCCACAUCAAAUCAGACCCAAGCAACAACCACCACCAGCCAUGAAGACAAAAGGCCUUCUUCUCCGGCACCUGAAACAAGCCACUCUGAACCAUCUCCAGGGCAGAUACCCGCCCCGCUCGAUGACAGCAAGGCCACAGCUCCCACCCUGGAGCCUCCCCUCCUUUCUGCUGCAGAGGCAGAGCCUCCUGAUCAAGCUCCCAUACCUGCUCCUACUGGGGAGCCCAUCAGAGCCCCUUCACCCAAGCCCAGCACCUCCGAUACCCACACCGAUAAGCCUGCAACCCAUGGAAACUACACUGAAAUAUCUGAAUCAGAGAGUGCUCCUGAAUUACCCAAGCAAGAUGGUGACAUCCUAAAACCAUGGACACCCAGCCCUCCCUGGAGGCAAGCACAUCCAGCCACAGCAAGCCCUGCACAAGUUGACAGCACUGAGGCCACCUCCACGGACACCAACACAGAACAUUUAACUCAACCGCAGCUGACCCCCAGCUUACCAAAUGCCAGCCCCCCUCUCAAAGCUGAGCCAGCACCAUCAGCAGCAGAAGCAGCAAGACCUCCUGGAGCCAAUGCCAGUGGCUGGCAUCGCCUCAAGAAGCACUUGAUGGUGCAGCCAGAAGCAUCCAACUUCCCAGAGCCCAAGAUGGAAAAGCUGGGACAGGAGGAAGGAAGCCAAGAGAAGGACAACUCUCAACCACGCUUCGAUGCCCGGAAACUGAAGGAACUGGCUGCCAAACCCAUGACAAAGAUCACCACCGCCUUUGAGGUGAGCCGGUUUAGACCCAAAGUGGCUGAGGAGCACAGCAAGAGCUUUAACAGAAUGGCAUCGGGAUGGUCAGUCAACUGA